AUGCCAAAAGCCCGAUCCGAUGACGACCAGACGGAUCCUGAGCAAUCGCAAAGCCUCAUACCAAAUGCCGAUAUAAUCGAGGCGGAGGCACAGCAAUCGACUACAUCUAGGCCACUGCUUCAUCCAACCAGACGUCAAUCAUCCUUCUCGAAGCGCGGAGCGAAAGGUGUGCCAUGGACGCCAAGAACAACGAAUCGUGUACGCUUCGACAUCGUGGAGGAGACAACCAACAGACACGAGAUGAGGGAGCAAGGUCAAACGCAAUGUGUACAAGAGAAUGGAACCACCUCCGAAGACGAAGACGACGUUGAAGAUGAGGACCAGACUAUGUACAGGAGAGCAAGUACGGGGCAAAGAGCGCCCCUAUUAACGAAUAUCGAGGCCCCCAGUGUCACAGUCGCAAACGAGCUGGACUUCCACGCUGAAGACUUUUUGGAAAAUGCAAGACCCAAGAGUGGAAUGAGGAGUGCUUUCGUCAACAUGGCAAACAGUAUCAUUGGUGCUGGCAUCAUUGGGCAACCGUACGCUUUUCGGCAGGCAGGUUUGGUGACGGGUAUUUGCCUCCUCAUUGGACUCACCGUCACAGUGGACUGGACGAUCCGCUUGAUCAUUAUCAAUUCAAAGCUGAGUGGUGCAAACUCAUUUCAGGGAACCAUGGAGCACUGCUUUGGAAAGUCUGGGCUUGUGGCUAUCUCCGUCGCCCAAUGGGCUUUCGCUUUCGAAGGAGCUCGGGUACCGUCCGAAUAUAAAGGUGCUUUGAAAGGUUCCAUCGUUAUUCGCGGUGGGGUUGCACAAGCAAUAGGGGUUAUAUCAUUUGAUCAUAACAGUCUCCUCAUCUACGGAUCUCUCAAGACGCCGACGUUGGAUCGCUUUUCCCAAGUCACUCAUUACUCUGCCUUCGUGUCACUGGUCGCAUGUCUCAUUGUGGCUCUCGCGGGCUUCUUUUCCUUUGGUGACAAGACCAUGGGAAACGUUCUCAAUAAUUUCCCCCUCGAUAAUAUAAUGACUCAAGCUAAGACAGGACAUCUUAAAAUUCAGAUUGAUCUCGGUUUCGAACGCACUAAUGUCUUCGAAUCGGAUUUUAAAGAAAACAAACACAUCACGUCAAACCAGAGGCUACAAGCUCACAGGCUCUUUACUCAAGAGGGUACGGUACAGUCCCGAGCAAUUCAAGGCAGAGAAAAUAAGAUAAGUGACUGGAACGCCGCCUGGGGAGCGCUCAGAACCGACGGGACCGCUGAAGAGAAAGAUCUUAGGGACGUCGGUACUGGCUUCGGUCAGAGUCACAGACAGAGGCUAAAUUGCGACGAUUCGGUAUCCAAAUACGCCGGCGAGCAAUUGCUGCGGAAGAAAAAACAAAAUCCUCAGAACACAAUAAGUGCGUCGUCAAACCUGAUCAAUGCCCAAAAAAGCCCUAGGAGUCCCGGUUUUAAAGCGGCUUCUACAACUGAGAAGGUUUCGAAUACAUCGUCGGCGCUGAUCGACGCCCAAUACAACCUAUCAAGCAAGAGUAAAUCAGGCCAAAAUUUUUCAAAGAUACCGUCGACUCUUCCUACGUCGGCCAGAUCGAAAACAUCUAUUACACGCAAUCGUGUGAAAAGAUCGUCCCCUCCGACACAGCUCAGUACUCCCGCUAUGGACGCUAGACCAUCAAUCGAACCUCAAGAAAGGGGCAAGACACAAAUCAAGAACGAGCAGCUACCCCAGGUUGCUAAUUCAUUUAAGCGUCAAGGACGUCAUUACAAUGAAAGUGCAACACUUAGCGAUCCACCUUCAUUCAUGGCCAUUGCACGAACAAGGCUAUCUUCUAGCAAAGCAGCAAGCAAAGCCACGCCAGAUACGGUGUCUCAAUCGAUACCUAACCUGGCCUCCCCUCUUUCGAAUCCUUCAAGAACCAAAGCAGAUGAUGCAGAGCAUCACCCUAGCCAAAUCACCCCACACUCUAUCAGUAAUUUCUCGAGGCCUUCUAAUUCAGAGAGCCAUUUUGUCAAGCCAGACAAGUUGAUUGGUCAUAAUGCUGCGCACAAUGGAAUUGCUUCAGUCAUUCCAGGGUCGUCGCUGACUGACGCACCCCCUGGGAAGCUCUCUGAAGCACUCAAACUACUAAAGACCAUGUUUCCACUUGAAAAGGACUUCGACGACGUAGCAACUAAAAUCAAAGCCAAAUUAGCAGAGGACAGCGUGGUUGCCCCUGCUGUCAGGCCAAUCAGCAACGACUCUAAUGAGACCAAUACUUCAUCAGUAACACUGACUGACCAGGCCAAGAUACUUGAUGUUCUCAAUGAAACGAAGGCAUUCAUGACUCAAGACGGGAACACUAGCUUCGUUGACUCUAGGAAGCAAGGUACAAUUAAUAGCGAUAACAUAGCCGCGACGGGCGCUGCUGCAAAUACCAAGCCCAGUCUAGCAAGCAACCCCUCGAGAAAGGCACAAAGUUAUACCGCGAUCUCUGAGGUCACACCAGAAGUCGUUCAACUCGACACCGCCCCACGUGAGCGCCGACAGAAGGCGCAGAGGGUUAGGUUUGAGGAACCAGAGGAACCUACAGCACCGCCAGCGAGUGGGACCAUCGAGGCCACCAUGCAGAGAGCCCUGAACGCCAAGCUGCAGACUUUCGUUCAUAAAGAGCGAAAUGAUAAAUACACUUGCCUUAUAGACAAUUGUUAUAAGGCCUUCAGCGAUGAGCAAUUUUGGCAGAAGCAUGUGCACAGGAAGCAUCAAGAUCACUUCGACGGUUUGAAGUCAAAGGCUAUGGAACAUGCGAGAGCAAACAAGGCAGCAGAUGCGGCCGCUGCGAAAGUGGAACCCGCGCCGACUGUACAGGACCAACAUGAGUUGGAGGCUGUGAAUGCUAAGAAUAUCGAAAUAUCAGGACCACUCAAGAUGCCCAGAGACAUCCCUGUUGUAAUAAAGCGUUCUAGCCUCGCAGAUAUCAUCUCUCGGCAACAAGACGCCUGGAGAGAUCACCUCAUUGGCGAACAUAUCCAGAAGACGCGAUUCAUCAAGAACCCUGCCCUCAAAGCAGACAACCCAGUACGAAGCGGAGACAUAGAUACGUCAAGCACUCUUGAGGCUGCCGCUACAAUACACACCAAUGCAGGCAACGAGGCAAGCCAAGAGCCACUCGCAUCCAAAAAUCCAUUUGGGCUUCCAAAGUCGUCCAAGGUGAUCACGGCGGAGACAAUUUCUACCUUCGCAGAUCCUGGACGCGCUGCUCGUAUGCAAUAUGGCGGGCAGCUUUCAGUUCCGGCAGACCACAGUGUCCCGCCGUUGUCCGAACGGAAUCCCCCGCAAGCUACGUCUGGAUCUCAAGCGAAUGUCAAAGACGCCCCACCACCUCCUUCAUUCAGACCAGCGCAGCGUGUUACACCGGGUCGAAACACCGGGCCAACCCUCCCAACUUUCCUGACGGCUGCCCCCGCAUCAAUGGAUCCCGGCGCUGCAGCAAGACGACAGUAUAAUUCUUAG